UGGGGAUCAGAUCGCAUAUAUAUAUCAGCGCCGGACGCUCAGAGCCGCAGAAAAGAGUCGACCGCGUCAAAACACACUGAACUUCACUCAGCACGUUUUUUUGUGUGUCAGAUUUAUUUUUGAGGAAAGAUUUGUUUAAGAAGAAAGUUUUUUUUAUUUUUUAUUUAUUUACUCAAAUAUGUCUAUUUUACCCGAUGAGACGACCUUUGCUGACUUUAGGAAGAAGUGUUUAUCACAUGACAACUGGUCCAAUAAGUAUGAUCAGAACGGGAUGCAGGUGUGGGUGGAAAACUCUUCAGCAGAUAAAGGAAACAACGUGCCUAAAGUCCACACCAUCAAGUGUAAAAUGACAAUCAAAGAUGUAUCGGCAGCCACCAUGUACGACGUCCUUCACGACGGCUCGUACCGUAAGAAGUGGGAUCCCGCCAUGUUGGAGAGUUAUGACAUUGCCCGGCUCUCUGCUAAUGCCGAUGUGGGCUACUACUCAUGGUUAUGUGCUAACCCCAUAAAGAACAGAGAUGUGGUGUCUCUGCGUUCGUGGCAGGUGACGGAGGACGAGUACAUCAUCAUUAACUUCUCAGUCAAGCAUCCGAAACAUCCUCCUCGCAGUGAUCUCGUGAGGGCCAUCUCCAUCCUCACUGGAUAUCUGAUCAAGCCCUUAGGACCAAACAGCUGCACUUUCAUAUACCUUUCACAAGCCGACCCCAAAGGUUCUCUUCCCAAGUGGGUGGUAAACCAAGCUUCAAAAGUUUUCGCUCCACGGGUGAUGAGGUGUGUACACAAGGCGGGUCAGAACUACCCAGAGUGGAAACAGCAGAACUCUCCGGACCAUAAGCCCUGGCUGUACUCGGAGCAGAACACCCUGCCCAUGAUGGACCCCAGCGAACUGUCGAUACAGAGGGCCGACUCGCUGGAAAACGUGGACGAGAGCUCCAAGGUGGCCACUCAGGACAGCGAGGACAGCAGCUAGAACCGCGGGGUGGGGUGGGGUGGGGGGGUAGUUGGAAGAGGGUGACAUUGGAAGAUAGAAUGACUUGAGACCUCCGACUCUCUGUGAUGUUGCCCGAAUGCUCAUGAUUAUUUAUCCAGUCUUUUCCAAAUCAGUGUGCCUUUUGGGAUGAGCAAGAGCAUGAAGUGUUUACAGCUGUUUUUAGCAGACAGAAAUGAGCACAGAUCAAAUUGCCAUUGACCUCAGUCCAUGUUGAAGUAAGCUAAACAUCUCUCCAGUGUUUGCCGACGUGCUUUAAAACUUUAUUAUUAUUGUUUUGUGUACAGACUUAUAGGUGUCAGGGUUUGAAUGUGUCAUAGUUACAGCACUACAUUUACAAUGGGUCUCAGGCCUUUUUUAGUUGCUGAUAUUUAAUAU